AUGGCGCAAAGGUACGCCCUCGGCGGCAUCUUCCACGUCGACAUGCGGCCCUUUGUCAAGUCGCAGGUCGUCAUCACCGACCCGGACGUAGCCCGGCAUGAUCGCCGAGCAGCUCAGGUCGCCGCUACUGGAGGACCUGCGCGCGUCGAUCAACACCGCCACGACAUUCAUCAACACGUGGAACCCAUGGAACAAGCGCAAGGCCCGGCAGAGCGGGCGCUCAAGGACCAUGUGAUGGGUGCUCUUGUGGGCGAGAUGACGGAGAGGUUGCUCAUCUUCCAGGACGAGAAGGAGUUGCCCUCCAGGCGACAGACCAAGAGCAUCCUCUACCGCAUCGUCCUUGACAGGAUCCAGAGCAGUCCUGGCGCGACGCCGAACGAUGAGUUCAUCGACGCUGCCGUCACCAACCUCAAGGUCCUCCUCGGCGGCGACGGCACCACCAAGGACACCUUCGCCCGCACGACCAUGCUCCUCUCACCAUAG